CUGGAAAACAUCAGGCAAAAUCUUGGCAACAAAAAAACCCAUCGACUCGAGAUGCCGUAACCCCACAUCGCGCUCGCCUUAUUGUGCUAUCCAGAGUAGACAGAUCAAGCUCCCACACUGCAUUGAUGCUGCGCCUGGAGUUAGGGGCAUAAUGCUGCCGAGAUGUACUCGACUAGCGCAAGACUGCUCGGUCGCCUGAGGCCGCUCAGCUGCUCCAGCCAUGCGCUGCUCCGCCGCGCCCCAGCGGCCCCGGCCACGGCUGCCCGCCGAGGCUGCACCCCCUAUAGCACCUCGACCCCGGGAAUCAGGCUGGACCUGCCUGCUCUCGACCGCAAAUGGCGCCAGCGGUGGUCUGCCGCCAGUUCGACGUCGGCUGCCGGCUCUGGGGCCGCUCCUGAUGGCGGGAACUCGUCCUACAUCGUGCCCAUGUUCCCGUAUCCCUCGGGCUCUCUCCACCUCGGGCAUUUGCGCGUAUACACCAUCGCGGAUGUCGUGGCUCGCUUCCAUCGCAUGCGAGGACGGGACGUGGUCCUUCCCAUGGGUUGGGAUGCCUUUGGCCUGCCGGCCGAGAACGCCGCGAUCGAGAGGGGCAUCGACCCGGCCGUCUGGACCAAGGAGAACAUUGCGAAGAUGAAAGGGCAGCUGGAGGUCAUGAACGGGUCGUGGGACUGGUCUCGGGAGAUUUCGACAUGCGAUCCUGAGUUCUAUAAGCAUACCCAGAAGAUUUUCCUCCUCCUCCAUGAAGCCGGGCUUGCCUAUCGAGCCGAGGCCGAGGUCAACUAUGACCCCGUGGACAAAACAGUCCUUGCCAACGAGCAGGUCGACGCCAACGGCCGCUCGUGGCGGUCUGGCGCUUUGGUCGAGAAACGCCGGCUCAAGCAGUGGUUUCUGCGCAUCUCCGAGUUCCGCGAGCCGCUGCUGAAAGACCUCACGGCCCUGGCUAUGGACGAUGCCUGGCCCGAGCGGGUACUGGCUCAGCAGCGCCACUGGAUCGGCCGUUCCCAAGGCGCCCUGGUCAAGUUCCCCAUCAUCGCCCACGGGCACGUUCACAACAGCAUCGACGUCUUCACCACUCGUCCAGACACCUUAUUCGGCGUCCAGUAUCUUGCCCUCGCUGCCGAGCACCCGCUGGUCGUCGGCUUGGCCCGUCGGGACCCGGACCUCCGGGCGUUCCUGGACGUGCUGCCUGGACUGCCCCCUGAUUCCAAGGUAGGAUACCAGCUCCCCAACGUCCGGGCAAUCAACCCGCUCGCGUAUAACGAGGAGUCGCCCGACGCCACCAAGGUGUCUCUGCCCGUCUACGUCGCUCCGUACGUGCUGGGUGAUUACGGCGAGGGUGCAGUCAUGGGCGUGCCGGGACACGACACACGUGAUCACGCCUUCUGGCGUCAUCACCGCAACGACGAGCCGGUCCGCAUGGUCCUGGCACCGGCCUAUGAUGGAGCCACAACCUCUGUCACAAUGCCUACCGAGGACGGCACCGACGAGCCCUUCCUCGACCACGGAGUCAUAACGGCACACGGCGGACCAUAUGAAGGCAGGCCAUCGCCAGAGGUUGGAAUGAUGCUGAUUAAGAUACUCGAGGAGGCCGAUCUGGCGCGCCCCGAGGCCAAGUGGCGCCUGCGCGACUGGCUCGUCAGCCGGCAGCGCUACUGGGGCGCACCCAUCCCCAUAGUGCACUGCGGAAGCUGCGGCGAGGUGCCUGUGCCGGACGACCAGCUGCCGGUUGAGCUGCCGCGCGUCGACGGCCACUGGGCGGAACGCAAGGCUGGCAACCCGCUCGAGACGGCCGAAGAUUGGGUCCGCACCAAGUGCCCCAGCUGCGGCGGCCCCGCGAAGCGCGACACGGACACGAUGGACACGUUUGUCGACUCGAGCUGGUACUAUAUGCGCUAUGCCGACCCCAAGAACCGCGAUGCGCCUUUCUCGGCUGAAAAGGCCGCCCAGCUGCUCCCUGUCGACCUGUACAUCGGGGGCGUCGAGCACGCCAUCUUGCACCUGCUCUACACCCGUUUCAUCUACAAGUUUCUCAUGUCUUCGACCCUUCUUCACGGCCCGGGCCCGUCGUCAGUCGCCGCAGCUGUGGCCGAAGAAGACGGGGAAAUAUACGAGACCAGCCCUGUAAUCCACGAGCCCUUUAAACGGCUAAUCACCCAGGGUAUGGUACACGGCAAGACCCUCAGUGACCCGGCCACCGGUCGCUUCCUCAAGCCUGACGAGGUCGACAUGUCAGACCCCAGCCGCCCAAAGGUCGCGGCCACGGGCGAGCCAGCCACAAUCUCGUUUGAGAAGAUGUCCAAGUCCAAGUACAACGGCGUGGACCCCACCGAGUUUAUAUCAAAGUACGGCGCCGACGCAACGCGGGCGCACAUGCUCUUCCAGGCGCCUGUGGGCGACGUGCUCAACUGGGACGAGGACAAGAUCUCAGGAGUUACCAGGUGGCUCAGCCGGCUGCACGAAGCCGUCGUCCGCGCGGCCGGUGCCGUCGGGAGCGGCAGCAGCGCUGACGUUUCACCCAAGGCCUACCUAGAGAGCCGGUCCGGCGCCGACACGGAGGCCAGGCGGGACGCCGACGUGGCGAUAUGGCGCCACGUGCAGGAGACGAUACCGUCGGUGACGGCGUCGUACGAAAAGGUCUACUCGCUCAACACGGUUGUCUCGGACCUGAUGGGCCUGACGAACACGGUCCUGGCGCACAGGGACGCGGCGAGCGGGCUCGUUACGGCCGCCGCUCUGUCCUCACUGCUCCGCAUGCUGGCGCCCAUCGCGCCGGCGUUCGCCGAGGAGUGCUGGGCCAUCCUGCGCGGCGGCUCGGGCUCCGUCUUCGACGGCGGCGUGCGCUUCCCCGAGGCGGACGGCAGCCUCGCGGGCCUGCAGCCGAGUCGGCAGAACUGCGCCGUCCAGGUCAACGGCAAGCUCGUCGUGGUGGCCAGGAUCCCGCAGCCGCCGGCGCACCUCGGCAAGGCGGAGCUCGACGGUUGGAUCGUGGGGCAGGUCCUGGCGAGCGCCGAGGCCAGGGAGAAGCUGGCGGGGCGACCGAUGGACGCGGCCAAGGCGUACGUCGUCCGGGGCGGGAAGCUCGUCAACUUUGUGCUGUAAUUAUAUAUAAGAUAGACGAACAAAGAAGGAAAACAUUGUAUAUCAGGCA